GCGAGCGGGAGCCGGGGGCGGUGGCCCCGGUGCUCCGAGGCGAUGGCCGAUGACCGAGGUACGGCAGUGCCAGCGCUGCAUGUCCCCCGUGUUUCCCCCCCUGGGGUGGGGGAGGCUGGCGCUCAUCUGCAGUGUCCCCCCAGAUGUUCGAUUUGUCACCGAGGAGAGCUUCGACUUUGGCGUGCUGUCCCCAUCGGACAGCCAGGAGGAAGAGGAGGAUGAGGAUAGCCCGGGCGGCGGGUGCCGGCACAAAGGCAGCAACGGGCGCUGGAGUCCCCUGCGCGGGGCCCGUCUGGAAGAGAUGGUGCGGGAGGCCACGCGCCUGGCGGCGCAGUUGGAGGGGUGUCACCUGCCCCCUCCCGCCCCUGGAGACCCCCCGGGACCCGCCGCCACGCCCCCCGGCACCCCCCGCAGCCCCCGCCGCCAGACCUUCGUGGUGAAGGACAGCCCGGUGCGGGCACUCCUGCCCACCGUGGAGUCGCAGGGACCUGCCCCCAUCCCUCGCGUCCCAGCCAAACCCCCGGGGGCCUCUGCUGCCACCAGUGUUCCCGAGGCACCCCCCAGCCGUAAUUCCACAGCAGCGGUGAAGGGACCCUCUGGGGCCAGGGGGCUCCCCACCAGCCAUGUGGGCCCCUCCCGGCCGUGCCCUCCCCAGGGGCAGUGGGCUGGUGCCCGGGGCAGGUCAGAGCCCCCCCGGGGGGGGACAGCAGGUCAGCCGAAGGCAAGGAGGGGUACAGUCCCCUGCCCGCCCUCCAGCCGCCAGCCCCACGCCAGGACCACCACCGCAUCUGUCCCCUCUGGCUGUUCCCCUGCACCCACUGCCCUCCCCAAGGUGUCCCCUCGGACUCCAGCAGUGGGUGGGAGGACCCCCACUCCCAGAGGUGUGGGGGCAGCACGGGCAGCCCCCCCAACUGCUGCCUCGGGGUGCAAACCAGGACCCCCCCCUGCCCGCCUGCGGCCCCCACGCAAGACGGCAGUGAGCAGCACCCCGAGGUGACACCCCCAAACCACCCUG